AUGGUCCUCUCUCCUCCACCCCCAAACCCCCAGGCAUUCCUGGAGAAGUAUGGAUACCUCAGUGAGCAGGGCUCCAAAGCUCCAGCCUCCACUCAGUUCAGCAAUGCCAUCAGAGAGUUCCAGUGGGUGUCCCAGCUGCCCAUCAGUGGCGUGCUGGACCAGGCCACACUGCGACAGAUGACACGUCCGCGCUGUGGGGUUGCAGAUGCUGGCAGUCAUUCAGCUUGGACAGAGAGGAUCCGUGGUGCCCCGUUUGCUGGACACCGGGCCAAAACGAGGCGCAAGAAACGCUUUGCAAAGCCAGGUAACAAAUGGUACAAGCAGCAUCUUUCCUACCACCUGGUGAACUGGCCCGAACACCUGCCUGAGCCAGCUGUUCGAGGGGCCGUGCGAGCUGCCUUCCAGUUGUGGAGCAAUGUGUCAGCGCUGGAGUUCUGGGAGGCCCCAGCCACAGGCCCUGCCGACAUUCGCCUCACCUUCUUCCAAGGGGACCACAAUGAUGGGCUGGCCAACGCCUUCGAUGGCCCAGGGGGCGCCCUGGCGCACGCCUUCCUGCCCCGCCGGGGCGAAGCGCAUUUCGACCGAGAGGAGCGCUGGUCCCUGAGCCGCCGCCGCGGGCGCAACCUGUUCGUGGUGCUGGCGCACGAGAUCGGCCACACGCUCGGCCUCCCGCACUCGCCCGCGCCGCGCGCGCUCAUGGCGCCCUACUACAAGAAGCUGGGCCGCGACGCCCUACUCAGCUGGGACGACGUGCUGGCGGUGCAGAGUCUGUACGGGAAGCCCCUGGGACGCUCAGUAGCCACCCAACUCCCCGGAAAGCUAUUCACUGACUUUGAGGCCUGGAACCCCCACAACUCCCAGAGCAGAGGCCCGGAAACCAGAGGUCCUAAAUACUGCCACACUUCCUUUGACGCCAUCACUGUAGAUGCGCAAUGGCGGAUGUACGUCUUCAAAGGGAGCCACUUCUGGGAAGUCACAGCUGACGGCAAUGUUUCGGAGCCCAGCCCACUACAGAAAAGGUGGCCUGGGCUGCCCCCCAAUAUUGAGGCUGCUGCAGUGUCUCUGGAAGAUGGAGACUUCUACUUCUUCAAAGGGAGUCGAUGUUGGAGGUUCCAGGGCCCGAAAUCCGUGUGGGGGUUCGCACAGCGAUGCCGGGCAGGCGGUCUGCCCCGUCUUCCAGACGCAGCUCUCUUCUUCCCGCCUCUGCGCCGCCUUGUCCUCUUCAAGGGCUCCCGCUACUACGUGCUGGCUCGAGGGGCCAUGCAAGUGGAGCCCUACUACCCCCGCAGUCUGCGGGACUGGGCCGGGGUCCCUGAGGAGGUCAGCGGCGCCCUGCCAAGGCCCGAUGGCUCCAUCAUCUUCUUCAGGGAUGACCACUACUGGCACCUGGAUCAAGCCAAGCUGCGCGUGACCGGCUCCGGCCGCUGGGCCACCGAGCUGCCCUGGAUGGGUUGUUGGAAUGCCAACUCAGGAGGUACCCUGUUCUGAAGGCUCCCUAUCACCGAAUGAACCGCGGUUGCCCCCGCCUGAGGGGCGGGGUCUGUCCAGGAAGCCCCUGGACCUCGCCGGAACCUCCUGGCAGCAUAGCUACAGCAGGAAAUCGGUCUGCGUUUGUUCCCCGGAGAGGCAAAACGAGGUUCCCAUAGCCUUUUUCCUUCCCACUCCUAGGGGUGGGUUGGGGGGGUUCU